UUUCGUUUUCGGAUAACUGUCAAACUGUGAAGAAAAGAAACAGAAAGUGUAGUUUUUUAUAAUUGUUACUAUUUAGUUUGUUGCUGGGGUGCUGGUUUAAUUUAAUUCCCAUUUGUAGCAGUGGUAGUUUUUGUUAACUAUAAUAACAAUGUCUUCAGUUUGCUGUGGUAGUAAAAAACAAAAACUUAAUAAUUCGUAUGGUGGCGAUAGACCUCAAAAUGGAUAUCAGGAAUCCGUGGCUAUUCCUGAUAUGUGUUACUUUUGUUUCGACGUCCUUUAUUGCCAGCUGCACAGCAUGGAGCCUCCCCAAACACCUAAUUUCACGAAUGAUGCUUAUCCAUUGUUUGUAACAUGGAAGAUUGGAAAAGAUCACCGGCUGCGAGGCUGCAUUGGGACCUUCAAUGCAAUGCAUUUACAUUCUGGAUUGCGGGAGUAUGCAAUUACAAGUGCAUUGAAAGACUCCCGUUUUGCACCGAUAACACGGGAAGAGGUGCCUCGUCUCACAGUGUCCGUGUCCAUUCUACAGCACUUUGAAGAGGCUGAGCACUACUUAGACUGGAAGCUCGGCAAACACGGUAUCCGUAUCGAGUUCAUCAGUGAACGCGGCACCAAACGUACUGCAACCUACUUACCUCAAGUUGCUACAGAACAAGGUUGGGACCAAAUACAAACCAUUGACUCACUUUUGAGAAAGGGUGGUUACAAGGCUGCCAUCACAGCCGAAAUGAGAAGGAGCAUCAAGCUGACUCGUUACCAGUCGGAAGAAAUAUCUGCCACAUACAAUGAGUACCUCGAACAGCGCUGCUAGCAGAUGCUUCUGCCCCCCUCUGAGUGGUAUCCUUACAAUAUCAGUUCGGGACUUGAAUUUCAAGAAGGUAUACCAUUUUCAUCUAAUCCUAAGGACAUUCUCUGUCUCAUGUGUCACAGGAUUGUAAAUAGUGAAGGAAGAGCUUUCAAGCAUAAAUUUUGUGGUUGUAAUAGUUUAGAUCAUAAGCAUAACGCAGUGGAAAGCAAAGUAUUGCUAUUUGAUUUGUUUAAUGAACUUUCAAUCUAUCCAAAAAAUGCCUUUGAAAGUAAAAGUACAAUAAAAUGUGGGAAUAAUAAUAAGAAGCUUUGAUAGUGUGACGAUAUAUUUUGAUCUGUUGAUCAUGUUUUCAUCUAAUCAUAAAUAAAAAUCACUGCCAGCUACAUUCCUGAAUGGAAUUACUGCGAUAAUGAGAUAUUGUCAUCCCUGACUUGACUAAUAUAAUUAUUAAUAUGGUUAUAAUUAAUUAUAAAAAACGAUUAAGUAAAGCGUGGAACCACCAUGUAUGCUGCCGUGAUUGUACCAUUCGUAAAAACAAUUUUAAAGAGGCUUAGGAUAAAGAGUUUUAAAUACAACAACUUUUAAAGGCUUUUUCAACCCUUCUUCAUUAGUAUCAAUAUCAAGUAUACUAGGUAUACCGUGUGGAUUUUAUAUAAUAUGUAAAAAAGUUGUUUGGUACUUAAAAUACUUAUAAAUAAUUUUGAGGAGAGUAUAGCACUUGCUCGUCCAUACAAAAAGAGAAAACGUUUUUAUAUUCCUAUUUAAACAUUAUUCAAUCUCCAUGAUUUUUUAGCUGUUGAUAUUUAGUUAGUGUUAAACGUUUUCUCCCAAACGAAGAUUAUAUCAAGAAAAGUUCCUAUUGUCAGUCGCGUGCUGCAGUGCAUCUCUAUCGCACCCGUGCCUGGGGCAUGAGAGCAAGCGAUAGUAAAUGUUUUUCUAAAAACCUAUUUCGCUAGGAUCGCGAAUGUAUACUCUCCUCUUAAUACUGCUAAUGCUGGUAAAAUAUUGUGACUCGAAUAAGAAAUAUAGGAGUCAUUAAUUUCAACAUACUCGCGAAAUAGUUAGAUCCCUUUGUUACAUGUUAUCGACACGGGUUUUACGAAGAGUUGAUUCUUACCUUACAGCAACUAACAAGAACUUACUUACAGAACGAACACGUGACGAAUAAUUCUCUUGCUUAUUUCAUAGAUGUCAUUCUAUAAACUUCCGCAUAUUAUUGCUAACUAAGUUUUGCUUCAUCUGCUGACGAUCUCAAAAUGGUGGUGUCCCACUUUUUAUUUUAACAAUUACCUAAAUUAAUAGAUAUUGUAUAAUUAACAACAAAAAAAUAUAUAAAAAUACGUACGUAUGGUAAAUUUACAAAAAAAUAUAAAAAAAAGUAAUGUAAAAAACAAAAAAAGGAUUAUGCUUAGGCAGUGGUUCUUAGACUUUUAGGUCGUCCAUACAUGGAUAGGCAACUAAUUGAUAAGAUUGUUAGAAUUACUUAUUUUAUACAUAUUUUAGGUAUUGUAUUAAUAAUUUGGAUAGAUUGGAUUAGAAGUUUUAUAAUAUUCAGUUGUUUUAUCUAUGCUUCAUUAAAAAAUGUUUAGCUACCAACUUAUUGAAUGAAGCAUACAACAAAACAAGCGAUGAUGAUAAUACUUACCUAUAAGAAUCGACCCUGGUCAUAGCUACUGGAAAAUAAAUCUUAUUUGGGUGGUGCUUAACCAAUAAUAAUGAUUGUUAUCUUUGUUUACGAUAACGAGUUACAAUUACAUGAUGCUGACAUUUGUUUUUUUUUCACUGAUAAAUUCUGUUAAUUAUUGGGAAAAUGCACUGAUAGGUACAUUGCAUCAUUUUUCAUACUAUUAUCCAACUGUAUAAAAAUUAUGAUGUACCUAGUUGAAGCUAGAUGAAUAGAUUGUUCUAUUCAACAACCUACAUUUACCUACCGUAAAAACAACAAUUCAGCAAGGCCUAUAACUUACAAGUCCUAUUUUAUUUAAUACAAAAAUAAAACAAACCUUUUUUUUUACAUAAAAAAGGCCGAUUCUGAAGAAACAAAACAUAUAAUAAAGGUGUAGGUAUCCAAGAUACAGUUAAGUGAACGGUUUAAAACUCGAACUUCUCAUGCAGAGUUCAAAUUGUUGGUUGAUUCAUAAUGGGUAGACAUCAUUCAUAUUCAUAUCUAUGCCACCAUAAAACAGCAGCAAUAUAAAGUGAGAUAAUUUGCUAGAAUGAGAUGUUUUACAUGUGUUCAAUACUUUUAAAAUUGUAUCUUUGGUAAUAAGUACAUAGUUGUGUGCGUUGUUUGUUGUCCAUUUGAAUAGUUAUAUUAUUGGUAAUAUUACUCUUCUCUAAUUAUAAAUAUACUAGUAUAAACAAAA